AUGUCUAUGCAAAACGUCAUCCGACUCACUUCCCAGGGCUCCUGGGAGAACCUUGCCCACUUCAAAGAGUCCAUUCCAUCAGCCGGCAAAAACGAAGUGCUCAUUGCCGUCAAAAGUGUGGCGCUAAACUUCCGCGACAUCGCCGUCGCAACAGGCAAAUACCCGUUCCCAGUCAAGGACAACGUCGUUCCCUGUUCGGAUGCUGCCGGCGACAUUGUCGAAACAGGCGAGGGAGUCUCUGGGUUCACACGCGGUGAUCGGGUCAUUGUUGCCUUCGACCCUACUACGUUGUACGGGCCGAUCAAGAAUUGGGGCAACGGGCUGGGUGGACCCGUCGACGGUGUUUUGAGGGAAUAUAUCGCAGUUCCUGCCCAGGCUGUCGUGAAGAUUCCUGCAAACUCCACUCUCAGCUAUGCUCAAUGGGCCAGUGUUGUUUGCACGGGCACCACGGCCUGGAACUCACUGUAUGGGAAUAACCCCUUGAAGCCGGGACAGACUGUUUUGUUCCAAGGUACUGGUGGCGUGUCUAUCACCGGUCUGAUGUUGGCAAAGGCUGCAGGUGCCAAGACUAUCAUCACAUCUUCUUCUGACGAGAAGCUCAAGCUUGUGAAGGCUCAGUAUCAUGUUGACUACACUAUCAACUACAAGACAACCCCUGACUGGGCAGCCGAGGCUCAGAGAAUCACCAAUGGAGAGGGCGUCGACUUCAUUCUCGAGAAUGGUGGCUCGGGAACUAUUAAGCAAUCCCUUGACGCUAUUGCUUAUGGCGGUGUUAUUUCCGUGAUUGGUUUCCUCUCUGCUGCGAAGCAAGAGGAGAUGCCUGAUGUUGCUGGUCUUGCCUUGGCCAAGGGCGCUGUUGUCCGCGGUAUUAUGGUUGGCUCCAAGCAACAAUUGGAAGAUGUGACUCGGUUCAUUGGCACACAGAAUCUUUCUGUGGCGGUAGAGAAGACUUUCAAGUUUGAUCGCGAUCAGGUGGUUGAGGCCUUGAACUAUCUUGCCAGUGGUCAGCACAUCGGUAAAGUCUGCAUUGAUUUUUGA